AGAAAUUUUUUGAAAUGAAAAAGGGACAAUGUAAAGAUGCUCUUGAAAUCUACAAACGAUUUCUUACUCGAAUGACCAGAGUAUCAGAGUUUCUUAAAGUUGCAGAGCAAGUUGGAAUUGACAAAGGUGAUAUCCCUGAUCUUACACAGGCUCCUAGCAGUCUCAUGGAGACCCUUGAGCAACAUCUAAACUCACUGGAAGGAAAAAAACCUGGCAACAAUGAAGGAUCUGGGGCUCCGUCUCCUCUGAGCAAGUCUUCUCCAGCCACAACUGUUACAUCUCCUAGUUCUACUCCAGCGAAAACUAUUGAUACAUCUCCUCCAGUUGAUCUUUUUGCAACUUCUUCUACAGCUGCUCCAGUCAGCUCUUCCAAACCAUCCAGUGACCUUCUGGAUCUCCAGCCAGAUUUUGCUGCUACUGGGCAGGCAGCUCCAGCAGCCCCUGCUGGAGCCACUUCAUGGGGAGACCUCUUGGGAGGAGAGGAUAAUCUGGCUGCACUUUCUGGUGUUACUCCUGAGCCACAGAUUUCAGAUCCAUUUGCCCCAGAGCCUAGUGCAACUACUGCUGCAACAACUGAUACUACAACUACUACAGCUGCUGCUGCUGCUGCUGCUGCUCCUACAGUUACAACUGUUCCUGCUCCCACUGCUGAAGUGGAUCUCUUUGGAGAUGCCUUUGCAGCUUCUCCUGGGGAAGCCCCUGCAGCAGCUGAAGGGGCAGCAGCACCAGCUACCCCAACCCCUGUAGCAGCAGCUCUUGAUGCAUGUUCAGGAAAUGACCCCUUUGCCCCAUCCGAAGGUAGUGCAGAGGCUGCUCCUGAGCUGGACCUCUUUGCUAUGAAGCCAACAGAGACUGCUGUUCCUGUAGUUACCCCUACAACUAGUGCAGCCACUCCAGUUCCUGCAACAACUCCUUCUCCAGCUGCUGCUGUUGCUGCUGCUGCUACUGCUACUACAGCUACUGCCACUACCACUACUGCCACCACUUCUGCUACCGCCACCACCUCCGCUCCUCCUGCUCUAGAUAUCUUUGGUGAUUUAUUUGAGUCUGUUCCUGAGGCACCUGCAGCACCUAAACCAGAUGCUACUCCUAGCAUAGAUCUCUUUGGUACAGAUACUUUUUCAUCUCCACCACCCGGAGCUUCUCCUGUGCCUGAGAGUUCUCUCGCUGCUGAUCUCUUAUCUGUGGAUGCAUUUGCAGCCCCCUCUCCUCUACCCACUGCCUCUCCAGCAAAGGUGGAUUCUUCAGGUGUGAUUGACCUAUUUGGUGAUGCUUUUGGAAGUAGUGCUUCUGAACCCCAGACCGCAACCCAGGCUGCUUCUAGUUCCUCAGCUUCUGCAGAUCUACUUGCUGGCUUUGGAGGUUCUUUUAUUUCUCCCUCUCCAUCACCGUCCCCAGUCACUCCAGCUCAAACCAACUUACUACAGCCUAACUUUGAUGCAGCUUUUGGGACGACAGCUGUGACAACUACCAGCUCAUUUGAUGCAUCAGUGUUUGAUGGCUUAGGUGAUCUUCUUAUGCCAACUAUGGUUCCUUCUGGUCAGUCUGUAGCACCUUCAGCUGCAGCAACAGUCACUGCUUCAGCAGCAAGCAAAGGCCUUGGAAGUGAUCUUGAUUCGUCUCUUGCAAACUUAGUAGGCAAUCUUGGAAUUUCUGGUACCACUUCAAAAAAGGGGGACCUUCAGUGGAAUGCUGGAGAGAAGAAGUUAACAGGAGGAGCGAACUGGCAGCCAAAAGUAGCACCUGCAACGUGGUCAACUGGUGGUGUCCCAAGUGGUCCAAUGACAGGAGCUGUGCCUCCAGCGAGUGCUGUUCCUGCUGCAGGAGGUACUCCACCUGUCCCACAGCCAGGAGCAGCAUUUGGGAUGCCCCCAGCAGGCACAGGCGUACCCAUGAUGCCCCAGCAGCCAGUUAUGUAUGGGCAACCCAUGAUGAGGCCACCAUUUGGAGCUGCCACUGGCCCCGGUGUACAGCUUUCUCCAAGCCCAACUCCUGCUACUCAGAGUCCCAAGAAACCUCCAACGAAGGACCCAUUAGCGGAUCUUAACAUCAAGGAUUUCUUGUAAACAAUAAGCUGCAGUUUUUCUGACUGGAUGAUGAAAACAUGAAUUUGGAGUCUACAAGCGGAUGCUCAGAGUUUCAAAGUGAGCCACCAGUACCAAACCCAGCGCUUACUCAGACUUUCUCUUCCUCCUGAAACGUGUAGCACAGCUGUGAAAGUGAACGUUAGGAAUGUGUACUACCUUAGCUGUUAUCCCUACUCUCUCUAAAUUUGUGUACUUGGGUUAUUUGUGUUUUACAAUUUAAACAAUGGAUGUAUGUUUUUGAUGCCUUCUAGUGCUUUUCUGAACCUAUCCCAUGGGGGCAGAUUAUGCAGCUGUUGUUUGGUGAGCCAUUUGGAGCGAUGUCUGUGGUUUUUGAAGGUUUCAAUGUAUAUAACUUUUUGAGGACACCUAAAAUUUCCCUAAGACUCAAUUUCUCCUUUCUCUGUUACAAAACAUAGUGUGAUAAUAUCAGAUAGUAAGGAAAAUACUUACAAAGUUGUGUGGAAUACUUUUUUUUUUUCCCCCCCAGUCACAAGAAUCUCAAUUGUCGUGAAAAAAUGUUUUAUUUUUGUGGCACUGUAUAUGUUAAGAUAAUUUAGAGUAAUAUAAAGGUAAACUUCCAUAACAAAUACUUUUUCGAUGAUUUACCAAGAAUGAAAAAUCAUGUCUGAAAGAAUACCAUAUUUAUUGCUGUUUUUAUUUCAAAAUCUAUUUUAAUUAUUUAAGUUUUUGCAUUUGAAAUUGGCCUAUUUAUCAGUUCUUGCUAAAUGCACUGAAAAUAAGUAAAGGGUCAGUUUCUCUCCAUGUAGUUGGAAAAAGCAACCAUAGUCAUGUGGCAUUAAGGGAUUUCAAAUACAAGAGCACUCUUUGGUGUAUCUGUAGUCAAAACAUUUACAAGUGAUGUUACUCAUCUCUGUUCAGUUCUUACAUAUAUCUCUUAAUUUAGUGCUUACCUAUGUAUGCCUUAGGCUAGUGUUUUCUCCAUUGCCCCGAAUGCGCUGUGAGUAGCUUUUGUACUAUUGGUGAUUAGAUUUAAUUCUGAUCCAGAGAUCCAUGCCCUUUACUGUACAUACUGUGUUUCUUUAAUUUUUAUUUGUUCUCAUACUGUUUCUGCUGAUGGCUUGGCGUAAGAUCUUGACUCUUCAAUGAGGUCACUGUUGAUCAGUGUUACAAGUGGCUUGGCAGUUCUCUGUAAAAGCAUAUCGGGUUGGAAAGAUAAUUCACCUAAAGUCUUUCAAAUGACCUAUUUAAUCAAUGUAUGGUACCAUUAAAAGUGGUUGUAUCCGAAUUUGCUGUGGGGAUAACAUACAGCAUAAUGGGAAAGUUCUACAAAAAGCUAAUUUCAAAAUGGCUCUUCUUUGUAUUUCGGUUUAAAAAAAAAAAAGAACAAAACUCAAAAAACAAAAAACCCUAGUGCAUGUGUGCCCUCUGAGAUGCAAUAAACACCUUGAUCAAAGUAAA